AUGGAGGAUGGACAAAAUUUUAAGUUGAUUUACAAAAAACGGAAAAGUGACGUGAUCAGCGAAAUUGACAAAGGGCGAAAAAUACAACAACUCGAAAACAGACAUAAGUUAAUUCCGAUCGUCCGAGCCGUUUUGCUGUGUGGCAGGCAAGGAUUAGCAUUAAGAGGUCAUAGAGAUCAGUGCUCUUUAUCAUUGAAAAUGCCGAUAGAAAACGACGGGAAUUUCAGAGCGUUACUUCGUUAUGCCCAAGACAACGGCGAUAAAGCUUUGGCCAAUCAUUUAAAUACUGCGGGUGCGAAUUCAACGUAUUUAAGCUAUCGUAUUCAAAAUGAAAUAAUUGAUGCAGCAGGGAAACAAAUAACGACGAAUAUUGUACAACGUGUAAACAAAUCUAGAUAUUUUUCUGUCAUUGCUGACGAAAGUACGGAUGUGAGUGGCAUUGAACAGUUUUCAAUAUGCGCUCGAUUUGUCGAUAAAAUGGACGUAUACAAAAUUCGAGAAGACUUUUUGUGCUUUAUCCCUGUCGAGGACGUUACCGGAAAGGGGCUUGCAAAUACGUUUCUGACCAUGAUGGAGAAAAUUGGCAUAAACCUGGCAAAUAUGAGAGGGCAAGCGGAAUUCGACGGCUGUGCUGCCAAAGUUCGAAAACUAUAUCCAGAAGCUAUUUACGUCUACUGUGCUAAUCAUAAUUUGAAUUUGGCUAUUACACAUGCAUGCAAAAUAUCGUCCAUCCGAAAUUGCAUAGGCACAAUUAAAGAGGUUGUAAAUUUCUUUCGUCUAUCCAAUAAGGCAGGUCUAGUUUUAAAAGAUAAAAUUCAAGUGUCCUGCCCAAGUUCGAAACAAACACGUCUUCUUAAAUUCAGCGAAACGAGAUGGGUUGAGCAUUUGGACUCACUCAGUUUGUUCAACGAUGUAUAUGAACAUAUCUGCUUAUCGCUAGAAUACCUGGAUGAAAAUAAUUUGAAAACCAUCGGAGUCAAACUUCAUGCCCUGCUUGCAUCGAUAAAAACACUUCAAUUUAUUAUGGCUUUAACAGUAGUAAAGCCGAUUUUCAUCAUAAUGGAAAAUCUCAGUGUGUUUUUACAGAAGAAAGAUUGUGAUCUUAGCUUAUGCAUUGAUUAUGCAAAUCACGUAUAUGAUGAAAUCAAUGCGUUGUGA